AUGGAGCGAAGCAAUCCGAGUAGAUGCGUGCAGCGAAUGCGGGGCAGCAGGGGCUGCGGUGGUAGUAGUGGUGUAGGAGCAGCGAAGGCAAACUGCAGGGGCAGCAGCUGCAGUGGCAGCAGCAGAGCUGGUCGCAGGGGCGCGCUAGCAGGUCUGGUAGUUUCUGUCUAUGCAGAGGGUUUUCUAAGACAGAAGCUAUCUGGCCAAGGGCUUGCAUUUAUAAUUGCAGGUGGAUCUGUUGUACAAAAAAAUCUUGAGGUGGGCAAGGUACUAUCUGUUGAUGUUUCUUGUAUAGCAGUUGUGACUAGCUACAACAGUCAACGUCCAAAUCAAAUACAAUGGGCCAUGAGAAGAGCAGUGUUUGGUAUAACUGAGAUCCUCAAGCUAGUAAGAAGGCUUUACAGACUCAUUCUAGAUUCUGCAAAAGAGAGGGAAAAUAUUGAUGGGCGCACCGUUUUCUGCUUCUUCUGGCAUAUAAUAUUUACAUGCAGCAGCAGCUCAUAUUUUUGUCAAUAAUCAUAUUAAUUUUUGAUGGUUUAUUGA